CACUGUCGUACAGCUUGAGAAAGGCUGGCAACCCAUUGAUGCCUGGAUCAAACUGCUCAAAGGAUAUUCAGAAGAAUAUCAACUGGUCCACCAGCUCUCCGGUCCAUAGCCUCACUGAAGACCAGCCACUGAUGAUGGAGGACAGCACCCAGGUGAGCAUGAAGGAGAAGGAGCAAGAACUGCCUGGAAGACUCACAGGGCUGCAGAAGGCUCGGGCCCGACUCCUCAAGGGAGUCUCCUACUUCGCUGGAGACAUGGAGCCGUUUGGGAAAUGGAUGGAAAAACAGUUCAUCCUGCUGCAGCUGCUGGACUGGGUUCUCCGCGGAGCUGCCCAAGUUAUGUUCGUUAACAACCCUCUGAGUGGCCUCAUCAUUUUUGCCGGCCUCAUCCUGCAGAACUACUGGUGGGCCCUCAAUGGCUUUGUGGGCACACUUUUUGCAACCAUUUCUGCCCUCAUCCUGAAACAGAACAGGGGUGCAAUAGCUGCUGGGCUUUACGGGUACAACGGUAUCCUGGUAGGUCUGCUGAUGGCUGUGUUCUCCAAUAAAGGAGACUGGUACUGGUGGCUUCUGCUGCCCAACAUCUUCAUGUCCAUGAUGUGCCCGAUUGUGUCCAGCGCCAUUGCGUCUAUUCACAGUCGCUGGGAUCUGCCUGUGUUCACACUGCCCUUCAACAUCCUGGUGUGUCUCCACAUGGUCGCCACCGGUCACUACAACCACCACUUCCCCCAGGUUCUCAUCCAGCCUCGCUCAGAGCUGCCCAACAUCACCUGGUCCAAUAUCGAUUUACCCAAGCUGUUCAUGUCAGUCCCUGUGGGAGUAGGCCAGGUUUACGGCUGUGACAACCCUUGGACGGGAGGAAUCUUCAUAAUCUCGCUCUUCAUCUCCUCCCCGAUCACCUGUGCUCACGCCGUCCUGGGAUCUGCAGUGGGCAUGGUUUCAGGUUUGGCUCUGUCUGCUCCUUUUGGAGAUAUCUACUUUGGCCUCUGGGGCUACAACUGUGUGCUAGCCUGCAUCGCUAUUGGAGGAAUGUUUUAUGCCCUCACCUGGCAGGUGCACCUGCUCGCCAUCACGUGUGCUUUUUUCUGCGCAUACCUCGGCUCGGCUAUUGCCAAUAUAAUGUCCAGGUUUGGUCUGCCAGCCUGCACCUGGCCUUUCUGUCUCUCUGCCCUGACUUUCCUCCACCUGACCACGGGGACCAAUACUAUCUUCAAACUCCCACUGGCCAAAGUCGCGUAUCCCGAGAAGAACCUGAUCUGGUUCUGGAAGAUGAAGAAGGAGGAGAAAAUGAAGAAGUCUGAGGCAGAGAGGGACGAGCAGGAGAAGCAGCAGAAAGCCAUGGAGGAGGAACUGAUCCUAAAUGAGAAAGAGCAACUUAGGCUUGACCUCGAAAGAGCGGAGGAAGGGAGCGUACAACACGACGCAUCACAGGGUAAAAAUGAAGUGACACCCCUGGAAGAACAAAGGACCCAUCAAGACAAUGAAAAAGUCGGAGAGAACGACCAAACCUAGAUAACUCUUACUAGUUAUGU